AUGACGGAGGCGUCACAGGAAUCGACUUCGAGGGUUUUCCUCCUGCAAAAGAGGAAGUCGUUUCGGCAGAGAUUGACCACUGUACUGAAUGAAGCCGAGCAAGCUAUGCAGGUCGUUGGAAGCUCUCAGGAUCACACCACUCGUUGUGAGGUACUGCUUGAGCGCAUCGUCAAAUUCUCAGCCAGCCUGGAUGACGUGGACAGAAAGUUGGAGUCUAUGUUUACGGUCGAGGAGGUUGAAGCGGAACUUGAGAGAAUGAUCGACUAUCAAGACCGGGUAACCACCAUCACCUGCUUACUGAAGAAACAUAUCGUCGCGCAGUCUUUGAGAGCUGGUUCCAUACUGGAGUCCAGAAAUCCUGGUGAGCUGGCGCUUCCCAUUGGAGAACGUAGUCGAACUGUAGGAGAUAGCCGUCACAGACCGCAGUUACCGAAGUUGGAACUCCUCAAAUAUAAUGGCAGUCAAGAGCACUGGCAGGAAUUUUGGAUAAGGUUCGAAUCCCUGGUAGACAGCAAUGCUUCCUUGUCGAACAACGAGAAGAUGUCCUACCUGACAGCGUUUCUUACUGGCGAGGCUGCAGCUUCAAUAAAGGGCCUCCAGCUGACGGGAGAUAUGUACGACACUGCGGUCAAGAUGAUUAAGGAAAGAUUUGGAAAUCCAAACAUGCUGGUACAGUUUCAUCUGAAGCGGUUGCUAGGUCUUCAGCCAGUACGCUUCUCCCGCAAUGUUCUCGAACUGAGACGUCUUCACGACACAGUGAAGGCUCAUAUGAGGAGUUUAGAAGCGCUGGGUACUACCUCAAAGUCGUUUUGCUCUCUACUGUUUCCUGUUCUACAACAAGCGGUUCCGCAAGAUAUGAUUCUCAGCUUCCAGAGGAAAGUUCACGGCGACGAACAAUCGCUUGGAACUACAUCGGCAGAAGAUCGGUAUGAGAUACUUCUCACGAAGUUGCUAGACUUUAUCAAGAUGGAAGCUGAGUGCAGGGAGCAACUGCCACUGGCUACAGGAGAUAGUGUCUACGACACGAGGAGGCCCAUUCAGACGACCCAGAGGAAGUUACGGCAAACUUCUUCUGAAAGACUAUCGUCCGCCUCCGCUCUUGGCGUCGAAGCCAGGAAACCGACUACCACUCGUGACAAGACGGAGCCCUGCUUCUUUUGCGGGAAUGAUCACGAGAUGCUGAAUUGCAACUUACAAACAAAUGUGGCAGAGUUGGAAGAAAGGCUUCGUAGCAGCCACAGAUGCUUCCGAUGCGGCAAACAGUAUCAUACAGCAAAGGUCUGCCGAUCAUUUCGUAGCCUCAAAUGCAGAAAAUGUAAUGGACGACACUUAACUGUGCUGUGCAAGCAGAAGAGUACAGUACCAAGGUAUGGAGGGACGGUACUCGCAAGUGGCACGUGGCAACGUACAGGUUUGCGACAGGACAUAGUCCUGCUGCAGACUGCGCAAGUAGUCGUUUGCGCGGCCGGAGGAAAGGAGAAGUGCGUCCGUAUCCUCAUAGAUGGGGGAAGUCAAAGAAGUUUCGUUAAGCGAGCACUGUCCAAGAAGUUGCAAUUACCGACUGUUGGGAAAGAGCAUUUGGUCAUCAAUACGGUAGGCAAGGCCGGAACCGAAUCGUUGCAUCGUAGAGUGAAAGUCAGGCUUCGGUCGCAGUAUACUUCCGAGGAAGUUUGCAUUGAAGCUCUUGAGAUACCAGAAAUCUGCAUCGGCAAUCUUCCUAAUAUUGACCGGAAAUCUCUUGCUCAGCUGAAGUCCGAGGGAAUGUCUUUAGCAGAUGAAGCUACGUUCGCUGACGCGUCACCUGAAAUACUGAUACUUGUAGGAGCAGAUUUCUAUGGGUCCGUUGUAGCAGGGAGACAAGUACGAGUUCGUGACAAUCUCAUCGGUAUGGAAACCAUUUUCGGAUGGACUCUACAAGGCCCUACGGGAAAGCAAUCAGGUUACGAGUCUAACGCUCUACAUGUGCAAGUGUCCAGCGUUAACCACGACGAGGUCUCCAAUGCGCUGCAGUCUUUCUGGGAGUUAGAGCACCUUGGUAUUGUUGACAGUGAAGAGUCGGAGGGCAAGAAGCAUGAAGUUUUCCAGAGGUUUCAGGACACAACCAGAUUUGAAGAUGGUCGUUAUACAGUGCGCCUGCCGUGGAAUGAAGACCUCGUCUCACGACUGGGAAACAACAAGGCUGUAGCGGAGCAGCGUUUACGCAGCGCCACCCGUACUCUUUUGAGAGAUCAAGAGGUCAUGAACGAAUACGAUCAGGUGAUACGACAGUAUCUCAUUAACGGUCAUGCCGAGCGUAUUGAUGCAGCAUCACCAACACCUGUUGCUGCCCCGGAAUAUUACAUGCCACAUCAUGCAGUUAUCAGACGCGAGAGGGAGACUACGAAGGUUAGAAUUGUAUUCGACGCCUCAUCGAGUGCUCCGGGUUUUCUAUCCCUGAACCAAGUUCUGCACGCCGGUCCAAACUUGAACUCUGACAUCCUUUCUCUGCUCUUAAGGUUUCGAAUGCAUCGCAUAGGCAUGGUGGCAGACAUCGAGAAAGCUUUCUUGCAGAUUGCACUUCACAAACAGGAUACAGACGCUCUGCGCUUCUUAUGGUACACUUCGAUGCCGAUCGCAGGACAGCCUCUACCGUCUAUUGAGACAUGGCGCAUGACACGAGUGCCAUUCGGAGCACGAUCUAGUCCGUUCCUGCUGUCCGCGACCAUUCAGCAUCAUUUACAGCAAGUAGAGAAGGAUUACUUGCAGACUGCUACGCUCUUGGAGCAAUCCUUUUACGUGGACGAUUUAGUGGUCAGUGUCAGCACCUCAGGAAAUGCCAGGACACAGGACAAAGGGGAACUCUACAACGGAGACUACACAGAAUCAGACUAA